AUGGAUCGAGCAAAAGCGGGAGCAGAUUUCUUUCGACAACACUCGCCCCCGGAGUACCUUGCUGCCCACGAGGUGGUCGCAAGCAGGUUCAUCGACUACCAUGCUGAGACAGAACGUCGCGUGGCCCUUGUCACAUCGGGAGGUACGGCUGUUCCAAUCGAGUCGAGAGCCCACUUCAUGGAUAAUUUCUCUCGCGGCACGAGAGGUGCUCGCUCUGCCGAGUACUUCCUGCACAACAGAUAUGCAGUGAUCUUUCUGUAUCGCCAGAACAGUCUGGUUCCCUACUCCCGGCGUUACACCCCUUCGAAGAGACCUCUCCUGGACCUUGAUGACGCCGAACAGGACUCUUCCGAUAAUGGAGAGGGUGGUAGAGACCCGCUCCGUAGAGGAUAUCAGGGUCAAAUACGUGAUGCCCCUAAAGGUCAGCGCUGCGCCAAGGAGUUCCGUAACUUACUCCUUCUGCCAUUUGAAACAAUCUCCGACUACAUGUUUCAGUUGCGAGCAGUGACUAUUCUAAUGCAGCCGUUGCACACUAAAGGGCUUGUAUACCUCGCCGCAGAUGUGACCAAGGUCUUCAUCCCGCCCAGGAGAAUGACUGGGAUUGGAAACAAGCCCUUACAGCCGUGCUGUCCAUUCAAGAAGAGCGGCAUAAGUGUAGUGGAUAGUGCAAACACUCGAGGUCAAGACAAACAAGCUGCGCCCAAGAAGCCCGAGAAUCCCAGUAUUGAGCUCAAACCGGUUCCGAAGUUCCUGAAGAACCUGGUGAACGAAUGGUUGCCUACCGGAAGUAUGAUCGUCUCGCUCAAACUGGAAUCCGAUCCAAACAUUCUGCUCUAUAAAGCGCGUAGCUCACUGAAGCGCUAUAAACACCAUCUCGUUAUCGGCGGUUUGAUCUCCAGUUCUCAUCGCGAGGCAGUUUUUGUUUCGCCCUGGCCGUGGUGCAAAAAAUGGGUUCGGGCUCCUGAGCUUUCGAGCAACGAGGGCUUGAUUAUAAUGAGCACUAGGGAGGAGAUUGUUGAGAUUGAGAGUCUCAUUGUCUCUGAGGUGGUCAGAUUGCACUCAGAUAGGAUUGAGAAGAGACGGAAGAAAUGUGGAAUGUUUUCGAAAAGAGAUAAUCGUAUCUGA